AAAGGAAUUAUCAAUGAAAUAAAAGGCUUCAAUUAGGCUGCAGGAGUGUGGUAACCUGGCAGAAUCUAAGACGGUCUUCGGGGACCCUUGCUCUUUAACUUAAGUGAUUGGGACUCGUGACGUAGAUGGGAUGCAGAAACCUAACACUUCGCACGCCAAGGCAAGCAACACUCAUGCAAGGGGCAGCCUGGUGUAUGAUAUCACGUGUGGGCGGCGGUGCGAGAACCGCUGGAAGUGCGACUUUCAAAGUUAUAUUCAGAGUAGGCUACACGCGGCUAGUGGACGGCUUUAUAAACCGAAAUAAGGUAAGAAUGCAGAGGAGAGCAGGCUUGACAAUCGAGGCCUUCGUUCUGAUGGGGGUCUUGUGCAUCGUGUUCCUGCUCUGGAAUAACCAAGCCACUCGACCCAAUCGAGACACCACGAGGCCCGAAAGAUCAGCCAAUCGCGAUCAGCUCCUCCCAAAAGCCACCGCGGAAUACACGAGGCCGCCGGCUCGCCGGGUGUGGGACGUCUGUCACCAGAACCUGUCCGCGUCCGACGUCCAAGGCUUCUCCACCUUACCGGGCCACCUCAAAGACUUCCUGUACUACCGGCACUGUAAAUCCUUCCCCCUGCUGCUAGACCUGCCCGACAAAUGCGGCGGGCCCAACGGCUCCUCGGACGUCUUCCUGCUCCUCGUCAUCAAGUCGUCCCCCGUGAACUACGAACGCAGGCAGGUGCUCCGGGAGACCUGGGCCGAGGAGCGGCGGCACGCGGGUCUCUGGAUCCGCCGGCUCUUCAUCUCGGGGACGACCGGCGCCGGCUUCGAGAAGCGUCGGCUGAACAAGCUGCUGCAGCUGGAGCACGGGAAGCACGGCGACGUCCUCCAGUGGGACUUCAACGACUCCUUCUUCAACCUGACCCUGAAGCAGGUCCUCUUCCUGGGCUGGAUGGAGGAGCGCUGUCCCCGGGCGCACUUCCUGCUCAACGGCGACGACGACAUCUUCGCCCACACGGACAACAUGGUGGAGUUCCUGCGCGAGCACGACGGCGGGCGGCACCUGUUUGUGGGCACCGUCAUCCAGAACGUCGGCCCCAUCCGACAUCCCAACAGCAAGUACUACGUGCCCGUUCAGGUGCAGCCGUCGGAGUCCUACCCGGCCUACUGCGGCGGCGGGGGCUACCUCCUGUCCGGCCACACCGCCAUGGUCAUAUACAACGCGUCCAAGGCCAUCGGCUUGCAUCCCAUCGAUGACGUGUACAUGGGGAUGUGCCUGGCCAGCGUGGGGCUCAGACCCGUCAGCCACGGGGCCAUCAGGACUGCGGGGCUCCACGUCCCCUCGCAGAAGGUGGACUCCCGGGACCCCUGUUAUUACCAGGACGUGCUGCUGGUGCACAGGUUUCUGCCGCAUCAGAUUUACAUCAUGUGGAACCAGUUGCGGGACCCGACGCUUAUCUGUUGGCAGAAGUGAACUGAACUGAAGUCUUCACGCCGUGCCUUAAAGCUGCUCAGUGACUCAAUAAGGACAGUGGUAGGACUGGGGAGAGGGUGUCGCGGUGCCUGGGUGCCUGUUGGAAUGUAUGUCUUCUGUAUUGGUGCCGGGUUGAGGAAAUAACAGGGACGAUAAUAAUAAUAAUAAUAAUAAUAAUAAUAACGCACACUUUCAUGACAAGUAACAAUGUUUCAAAUAGAAUCGAUUUCAGAAGGAAACCAUGCUGGUAAAUAUAUAAUAGGAUGGGAUAAUUUUAUAACCUAAACACUAAGGGAAUGUUGUAAGAUCUAUAUGUCUACCAAGGGGCCUAAAGAAGUGAAUUAAAGCGAGUAAUAGAUCUCUAGUGGAGACCGGGGCUGACUGUUGGACAGUUGUCUUUUUACUACAAUAUGGGUUCACAAAAACUGAAAUAAUUUUCACUAUGCUGUUAAGAAUUGAAGAAAGGGGAAGUUGUGUUCCUCCCAAUUAAUAAAGGUGAAUAUAUACAUGUUUUUA